AAGUCAACCAUUCUGUCCAAAACCUCAACAAGAAGUGAUUUCUUGCAGUGAAAAGUUUUCGGCAAUCCAACAACAAAAUGCCAGAAAAGUGUUGAAACUGUUUAAGUGUUAUUAAACUACGAAAAAUUGUUAUUGUAAUUUGCCUUGCCUAUGCUGGGAGCAGCACACGUAUAUGACUUUGCUCUACCCAUAUGACAGAGCAAUCCAACAACAAAGGAGGAACGAGAGCAAUGGGACUGGGCAUCCCUGGUCUAUAGCAACAACCAACAAAAAGAGGCAGAAUGCAGUGGGUAGCUAAAAUAAAUACGCAAAUACAAAUCGAAAACGCAAAAUAGAAAGCAAUUGAUAUGCUAGCAAAGCGCCAAUUUGUAGAAACUUGGCAUUUUAGUUUAAAAUUUGCGACGGUUUGCUGAAAACCAAAAUCGCGAUCGCAUCGAAUGCGAUUUUCUAUUCGAAUAAUUUUGAAAUAAUCAAUAUCCGUCUUACACUCCAGUUGGUGUCGAGGUUUUUAAAUUUCUUUCGGUUUGGUUUUAUAGCCGAUUAAGUGAAGAUCCAAAUCGAUUUACAAAAUCGAAAAGUAUUUUUGUGAAAUUUACAUAACCAUCGUGCACACUUGGUGAAGUUCAAGCGAUCGAAAUGGGCAUUCCAGACAUCCGACAGCUGGUGACACUGGACUUUGAGGUCUACGGGCAUGUUCAAGGCCUGAAUCUCACAAAAGAUACCCGCGACCGCUGCACCAAGGCAGGAAUCACGGGCUGGGUGAAAAACAGCAAGGCGGGCACCAUUGUGGGCAAGAUGCAGGGUCCCAAGGAGGAGGUCGAAAAGAUGGUCACCUGGCUGUCCAGCGAGGGAUCUCCUGGCUGCCAAAUCGAUCGAUGCGAGCUGCGAAACCAGGGCAACCUCAGCCGACUGGACUACAAGGACUUUGCCAUUAGAUUUUAGAUGUGUUUUCAUCAAUUUGUCGCUUUAUGAUGUGACGACUGGUGUGGCUUUGUGUUUGUUUUGUGCACUACUUCUAUAAGUUUGUAAAUACGAGUAAAAUAAAGAUCUUAAUAAUAUAAA